AUUUUAAAUAAAACUUGUAAGAUUUAUUUUUCUUUUUUUAGGUUUUUAUCAUUUAAUUUGUUUUUGAUUAGUCUUUUCUUGAUUAUUUCUGAGAAAAGACUUAUUAUUGAGUUUUAUUUAUUAAAUUUGAGAAAUUUUACAGUAAAUUUUUUAAUCUUUAUUGACUGAAUAUCUACUUUAUUCAUAAGAUUUGUCUUAUUUAUUUCAUCAAUAGUAAUUUUUUACAGAAGUGAAUAUAUAAAAGAUGAAAUGUAUAUUAGUCGUUUUAUUUAUUUAAUUAUUUUAUUUGUGAUUUCUAUAAUAAUAAUAAUUUUAUCUCCCAAUUUAGUUUCUAUUUUAUUAGGUUGAGACGGAUUAGGGCUAAUUUCUUAUAUUUUAGUUAUUUAUUAUCAAAAUUUUAAAUCAUUCAAUGCAGGUUUAUUAACUGCUUUAACUAAUCGAAUUGGGGAUGUAGCCUUAUUGAUAUCUAUUUCUUUAUUUUUAGAAUAUGGAAGUUGAAACUUUAGUAGAUUCUUAGAGUUUUAUAAUUUAAAAGAGAAUAUGGGUUUAACACUAAUUUUUAUUAUAAUCGCAGCUUUUACAAAGAGGGCACAAAUCCCAUUUUCUUCUUGGCUUCCAGCUGCAAUAGCAGCUCCAACACCUGUUUCUUCUUUAGUUCACUCUUCUACUUUGGUUACUGCUGGAGUUUACUUAUUAAUUCGGUUUUCUACAGGUUUUUCAGAAAAUACAAUAAAAGUUAUUUUAAUUUUCUCAUUGUUAACUAUAUUUAUAUCUGGAUUAGGGGCUAAUUUUGAAUUUGAUUUAAAGAAAAUUAUUGCUCUUUCUACUUUAAGUCAAUUAGGAAUAAUGAUUAGAACUUUGGCAUUAGGUAGAUAUGAUUUAGCUUUUUUUCAUUUGUUAAUUCAUGCUUUAUUUAAAGCAUUAUUAUUUAUAUGUGCUGGGAGAAUUAUUCAUAAUUUUAAUAAUUGUCAAGAUAUUCGAUUUAUAGGGGGAGUUUCCAAGUUAAUACCUCUUACCAGAGUUUAUUUUAAUAUUUGUAAUUUAUCUUUAUGUGGUCUUCCCUUUUUAUCAGGAUUUUAUUCGAAAGAUUUAAUUAUUGAAAGCUUUUCUAUAUUAAAUAUGAAUAUAUAUGUAUAUAUUAUUUUCUACUUAUCUAUAGGUUUAACAGUAUGCUAUAGAUUUCGGUUAUUAAUAUAUACUUUUUUCAUGGAUUUUAAUUUUAUUAGAUUGAAUUCAAUUGGCGAUAAAAGAGAAGUAAUAUUAAAAAGAAUAGGAAUUUUAAUUUCUCUAGUUAUUUUUAGAGGGACAAUUUUAAGAUGAUUAAUUUUUCCAAUUCCUAUAUUUAUUUAUUUACCCUUUAAGAUGAAAAUCUUAAUUUUAUGGUUAAUUUUUUUUGGGAUUUGAAUUGGAUGUGAGACUUCAAAAUUUGGGUUAAGGUAUGAACUUUUAUCAUUAAAAAAUUACAAUUUAAGGAGAUUUAAUUCUAAUAUAUGGAAUUUACCUCUUAUUUCUUUAUCAAUAAAUCUUUAUCCUUUAUCUGUAGGAAAGAAAUUAUAUACUUCUUUUGAUCAAGGAUGGCUUGAGUAUUAUGGUAGUCAGAAAUUAUUAGAGAGCUUUACCUAUAGUAGAAAGUUUUUUCAAUUACUUUCUAAAAAUCAUUUAAAAAUUUAUUGUUUAAUCUCAGUUGUUUGAUUUUUUUUUUUUUUUUUUGUUGAUACUUAA